AAUUGGUAUGUUAUUGUAUACGAGUAUGGCUAUCACUUUGUACUUCUUAGUAUGCCACGUGUUUGAUAAUAUGCCUCAGAGACUUUUAUAUCAGUGUUUCACUUUUUUUUUUCCUUGUUGGUGUUACAUCAUAUUAUAACUAAGCCAUGCUUUUCUUAUGCAAUUUUGUUGACCAUUAUUUUAUUGUAUGCAAUUACAGAUUCACUAAAUUGGAAUAAUGAGUUAUUGUUUCUAAUUGCUAUUGCAUGAAAUUCCUAUAGAAGUUUGAUUUUUUGGUGAAAUGUGAAUUCUUUCUGAUUAUUACCGUUGCGACUAAUGGGUGUGGCAUUGCAUGAUAUCAGUGCAUCAGCUGAAGAGGGUUAGCAUAUUGGCUCAGUAUACACUUUCGAAAGCCGUUCGCAGAUGAGUAUACUUAAGUAUCUGGGGGCACGCAGGAAUAGGCUCUAUGCUGCCAGAAACUACCUCAAAGUGCUGGGUUUUUCCUCUAUUCACACAGCUCCAAACUCCUCUGUUGAACUUCACACUCAAGAUGAGGAAGUAGUGAUUGCUUUGGGAAGUAACGUAGGUGAUAGACUACAUAACUUCAAGGAAGCGUUGACAUUGAUGAGGAAGUCAGGCAUACAUAUCACAAGACAUGCGAGUCUGUAUGAGACAGCACCAGCGUAUGUUACUGACCAACCUCGCUUCCUCAACUCUGCUGUAAGAGCUGUUACUAAACUAGGGCCACAUGCAUUAUUGUCUGUACUCAAAGGAAUCGAGAAGGACUUGGGCCGUACUGACGGCAUAAGGUAUGGUCCAAGGCCAAUUGACUUAGACAUUUUAUUCUACGGUAAAUUUAGAGUCAGAUCAGAUAUUCUCACAGUACCACAUGAAAGAAUUUGGGAAAGGCCGUUUGUUAUGGCCCCUUUGAUGGAUUUACUGGGAACAUCUAUUGACAAUGAUACAGUUGCUAGCUGGCAUUCAUUUUCAGGCCAUUCUGGUGGACUAGCUUCAUUAUGGGAAAAAUUAGGUGGUGAGUCCCUUAUUGGAGAGGAAGGUAUGUGUAGGGUAAUGCCUGUUGCAAAUGGCUUGCUUGAUUGGUCGCGAAGAACAUUGGUCAUGGGGAUCCUUAAUUUGACUCCAGAUAGUUUUAGUGAUGGGGGGAAUUUCCAGUCUGUGGAGUCUGCUGUUUCACAGGCUCGGUUAAUGAUAUCUGAGGGUGCUGACAUAAUUGAUAUCGGUGCUCAGUCUACUCGGCCAAUGGCAUCCAGGAUCUCGGUCGAAGAAGAAUUAGGUAGAUUAAUCCCUGUCCUGGAAGCUGUAAUGUUGAUACCUGAGGUAGAAGGAAAAGUCAUAUCGGUGGAUACUUUCUACUCAGAAGUUGCAUUAGAAGCAGUGCGCAGAGGAGCUCAUCUUAUAAAUGAUGUAUCUGCUGGAAAGUUAGAUACAAAUAUGUUUAAGGUCGUGGCAGAUCUUGAUGUUCCUUAUGUUGCAAUGCAUAUGAGGGGUGAUCCGUGUACAAUGCAGAAUAGUGAAAACCUGAAAUAUGAUAAUGUGUGCAAGGAUAUAUCCUCAGAAUUAUACUCACGUGUUAAAGAGGCCGAAAUGUCGGGAAUCCCAGCAUGGAGGAUUAUUAUGGACCCUGGACUUGGAUUCUCAAAGAAAACUGAAGACAAUUUAGAGGUCCUCACAGGAAUACCUGAUAUCAGAGCAGAGAUUUCAAAAAGAAGUUUGGCCAUCUCCCAUGCUCCUAUACUAAUUGGACCUUCAAGAAAAAGAUUUUUAGGUGAUAUUUGCUCUCGCCCUUCUGCAGUUGAGAGGGAUCCUGCUACCAUUGCUUCUGUCACAGCUGGUGUGUUGUGUGGAGCAAAUAUUGUUCGAGUGCAUAAUGUCAAAGAUAAUAUAGAUGCCGUGAAGCUUUGCAAUGCAAUUCAAAAACAGAGAAGUUCUCGCAUAAAAUUUUGACAGUGAAUUUGUCUUGCUAUGACGGUUUCGGUAUUUGGCUUCAUGCAACGAUGGCGAAAAUAAUUCAUCAAGAAACUAGCCUAUUGCAUUCAUGGCGGAUGCAAUCUUGAUAUGAGAACAGGUUUUGACUCCAUUCAGCAGAAGCAACUAAUCAUGCCAUCAUGGAGUCCACCUCCUAUUGCCUCCUUGAAAUGUAACUUAGAUGCAACAACUUUCCAGCAGCACAACCAUUUGGGAUUUGAUUUUUGCUUCUUUGAUCUUGCUGGAUCGUUAUUUUUAGCAAGAACUGAUUCGUGUUAUGCAGAUAUAUGAAGUCUUUUCUUUUGCCGUGAUUUCAUAGCCUUCCACCACUUAUCCAAAUACUCGCUUAAAGCAUCUCUAAAGUACGUUUUGUUAUGGUUCGAAAAUAUAAUAACGAGUUUUUAUGUUAGAGUACGUGUCACAUGUAACAGUAGUGCUCUUAAUAGAGCAUUUUCUUGAAGUAUUCUUAAUAUCGUUGUUUUUCUCAGUGUCCUCUUUGAAAGAUAUAUAUAAUUAUAAUUCAACAAAAAAUAAA